AUGUCUUCCAGGAGAGCUCUUGCAAUCGAGGGCCAUUUUUAUACAAAUGGACUGGAACUGAAACACAAGCUCCAAAAGAAGAGGCUCAAAGAAGCAGAAGUGCCGAGGGAGGUUUCCAGUGUAACAGAGGAACAGCAAAACUGGGCCCAGGACUUCUUCAACAAAGAAGUACUAGCUGUACUUGGUUCGGGAAAAUACCACCUGGCCCCGGGAUACGACCAUUUCCUAGUAGACCCCAUAAAGUGGAAUCGUUGGGGCCUAGAGAGACAAGCCCAGCAUAUCAUCCGUUUCCGACAAUUCAUUGCCAAAUCAUAUGACAGUUACAGUAAGCCAAGCUCCACUGGACACAAGGCAUGGCCAGCUGGAACUAAGACAAGAGCAGAACUUCCUGAGCCCGAAAUCUUUGGAGAUCGUAGUGCAGACCUGACCCCACCAGCCAAGAAACUGACUCCACUACGACUUUCAAAAGUGGCAGGUGAGAUAUGUUUACCUAUUAACUGUGCGUGCGUAGUAAGGUCAUAAAUAGUAGCGGUUUCACGUAAGGAAAUGUCUGGGACAAUAUAGUUUUCUCAAAAUUUCUCAAUUUCGAGCUUACGGGUCAUGACUGGGCGACUUGAAUCCGUUUUAGUGGUGUGUUAGCUGAGCAUUGAUUUGCAAAACAACUUCUUAAGUAAAGACCAACUUACUUCCCGAGUUGACUACUUCAGAGGCUCCAUUUCCCCAUAUAUUUGCCUUAAAAUCUUGCUGAAGUGGUGGGAGAUAGUCAUCUAUUAGUGGACGAACCUUCACUGAAGUCAACCUUCGCGACUGGUGCUAAUUUUUUCGAUGCUUUUAACUCUACCGAUAUCCCACAGCGAAGUACGUCCAAAGAUGAAUUUAUGCUCCCUAUUUUCACAUCUCCAGUCUCCAUACUUGAAUCACCCAUUUAUGUCACAACAGGUACGGAGAAACUAUCAACUUUCGAGAAGCCAUUUUGUUUCUUGUAAUGCAACCAGCAGUGUUUCAUGGGGUAUUCUAGGUCCCAGGACUCCUGAUCAGUCCACCGGCCUAGGUUUAUUUGGAAGUAAAUAUGCGGGAACCACAAACUCCAAUAAAUUCUGGAAAAUAAUUUCGCUCAACUAAGAUGUGUGCUAUCCUCGACAAUUACAAAACCAAAAACUAGAUUAGGCUCUGAAAUUGUGUGCAGACUCGGGUCAUAUAAGAAAUGGGUCUCUUGGAAUUUGCAAGGGUAGGCUCCUGUUCACACUUAAUAAACCAGUUUCGAUACACUUAAAUUGGCGUGGCUCUAAGGACUAGAGCAAUAAAGUGAAAGAAAUGUGAUAUUCAUUGCUAAGCGUCAAUAUGAUUUCUUUUAUAUUCUUUCCAUAAACCUCAGAGCCAAGUAUGGACUUCUAUAUGGACACUGAUCUAUUUAUUCUAUUUUCCACAGGUGAACCAGACCAGUUGCUCUUCCACGGUGCCAAACAUUACGACCUGGUACACAGAGAUGAUAACAAGCUGUGUCCAAAGUCUGUCCAGCGAUGCAAACAGUUUUGUGUGGCUUUCAACCACGCAGAUAAAGUACUAGUCAAGAACGUUGGCAUGAGAGAAAGAACGGACAAAUUGGGAGAAAUAGUAAAGUAUACAGGCAAUGUAUAUGUUCACUAUUUAACCACUUGUCUCAAAGAAUAUGAUCAGAAUUUCUCUUUCAAUGCCAUAACAUUGCCAUCGCGAACAAUUAAAUUUCUCCCAGAAGGUAGUAGGGAAAGCCUUGCUGUUAAGGGAUUGCAGGUUGAACCAGCCGAAGAUUAG